AUGCCAAGCGCGCGGGCGUGCAGCCGGACCCGCCGCCGGAGCGCAUUACACAUCAUUGCGUCGAGCAUCAUGCAGUGUGCAUCCAUUGUGCAUCGUCACCCUGUUCGAGUUCGAGUUCGAGUUCGUGUUCGAGUUCGUGUUCGUGUUCGUGUUCCUGUCUGUUCCUUGGAGACGACCAUUCUCGCUCUCACGUGCUGCUGCCACACUCUCACAGCCACACCCACCCUCACUCGCACAUACACCCACAAUCAUCCACAAACACACCCACGCAUUCACACAGGCGCCAUGGAGAACCCGCCGCUUGCGUCACUCUCCUUGACCCAUGUGCACUAUAACCCCGCCGACCGCCUCUCCUACCUCUGUGCUUGGCUGGCUCUCGUGCCGCAGGGGCUGUGCGUCGUGUAUGCAACCCUGAUCUGGUCCAACCGUGAGAUUGAAAUCGGCCUCAUGUUCGCCGGCCAGAUGGCCUGCGAGGCCCUCAAUUGGGUCCUGAAGCGUCACUUCAAAGAGGAGCGACCGCGAGAAAUGCACGGCAAAGGCUAUGGCAUGCCUUCUUCCCACGCUCAGUUCGUGGCCUUCUUCUCCGUCACCUUGACCCUUUUCCUCUUGUUCCGCCACGUCCCCCACCCCACCGAAACCCACACCCCUUUCAGCUUCGCCGGCCGCUUUGUUCUGUCCCUACUGGCUAUGGCCUCGGCUGCCGCAGUCGCUGUGAGCCGCAUAUACCUGAGCUACCACACACAGAAGCAGGUCUUCGUUGGCUGUGCUUGCGGCGCCCUGUUUGCCAUCCUGUGGUUCGUCUUUACCACGUACCUGCGCAGAGCCGGUUGGAUCGAGUGGGCGCUCAGCACCUGGCUGGCAAGGGCUUUCCGCGUCAGAGACCUGGUCAUCCAGGAGGAUCUCGUCGAUUCAGGCUGGGCACGCUGGGAGGAAAGGCGCAAGCGACAGGACUUCCGUGUCCAGGGCAAGAAGAGCAGGUGA